AAGUGUGUGCGUUGCGUAGUUGAUUGAAAAUUGUUUUGUGCAAAGUUGCUUUUAUCGAGUUGAUCUAUAAGAACUUGCUAAAAGUUAAGAAUUUGCUGCGGAAUUAUCUUGUAAACUGUUGAGACAGGCACUUGGUUUGCUGUGCAAGCGUUUUCGCGUGUAAUUCGUUUGAAAUAUUUGAAAAUUUCCACGAAAAUUUGUGAUCAUGAAGUAACGCGCCAUUUUCAGGCUGGGUUAUGAGAUAUUGUCUGUAUUAUACUUCGCCUUGUAAGCAAAAAAUAAUCAGCACAACGGGACACAGUGUAGAACGAAGAAGUGGAAAAUAUCACCAUCUUUGGGAAACAAGGCGAGCAACAGCGUGAGUUGUCCGCAGCAGUAUCGGUAUUCGAGCAUAAAUCACAUUCCAUCACUCCAAAAGCAUAUCUUGUGUGAAAGGUAUUAAAGAAAAAAAAAAAAAAAAAUGAAUGAAAAUCUGCUGAAAAUAUGUCGAAUAUGCUUGACGGAGGGCUCUCGACAUAUUUUUCAAAAAUCAGUUCGUCCCGAUGCAUUGUAUAAUGUUUCCUCACUGAAUCGGAUUUCGGAAAAGUUACGCUACGUAACACUUCUGAAGAUUGAUGAAAUGGAAAACCUUCCCCCGAUGAUAUGUGACCUGUGCAUUGUCCAGUUGAAUGUGGCUUAUAAUUUCAAGCGACAGGCAACCGAAUCGGACACCAAACUGCGCCAGUAUAUGAUUGAGAAUGGAAUCGACAUCAUGAAAGAUCCACUUACCUUUCAGCCAUCCCGUGCUUUGAAUCCACCCGUGUCAAAUCGCGCUAUUGAGACAAACCGUGUCAAUCAGAGAGUGAAUUCUGUUUCUUCUUCGGUGCUGGAGGCUACUGCGAAUACAACACCCUCGAAUGGUUCUGCUACGGAACCUCGUUUACUACCGAUUCGAAUUAAGGUGGAAACAUCGGACGCAGUGGAGCAGUCAUCGAAUUCGACUGUGUCACCUUUGAGUACUAUUACUCAAGCUACUGAUACUCUAAGAACUGCGCCUACGGCGGAUGCUACUGUCGAAAAACCUACAGAGCAAAAUGCCCUCGAGUCAUCUCCAUCAUCCAGCAAAGGCAGUUUCGCUUCCAGUGGACGCGAGAGUACCAUGGUUGUGGUUGACAGUCGAAACGUGAGCCUACAGGGAGACGAGGACUACGUUCAAACAAUUCUGGGUUCAAACAGUAGCGUAAACACUUGCGACUCAAAGCCACUAGAUUCCGUGGAUGAGAAACCCAAAAACAUUCAGACUAGUACCGAGAGCGAAAAAAAGGUUCACGUUGAAAAAAACAGUCACAAUUCAGACAAUGCUCAUUCAAAACGAGUGCAGAGUCUACUGGCAAAGCUUGCGAUUGAUAUGGUUCAGAGCUCUCGCUCGUCCAAUUCGAAAUUUCGCGGCAACACUAGAAAAAAACAGCAAAACGAUGAUAUCAAACAAACAAAAUCGUCAAUGGCACAGCACCGCAGCUAUCCAGUGACCCGCCGGCGACAUUCGUUGGAAGCUUUUCCCCGAGUCGACAGUGAGAAGAAGGCCAAUCUUCUGGUACUUGAGGAAACUCUGCUGGGACGAAAACGACUGUCUGAUACCAGUUUAAUUAGUCCAAGUAAGUUACGCUCUCUGCGCGAAAAAAUCCGCGAAGAACGCGGUAAACGAAAGGAGCACGGUUCCAGUGCUUGUAAUGACUCGAAACGACGGCGAAACGCUACACCAUACAUUCAGUCUUUGGUACCGCCAGGAACGAGUCCUAGUAAGGCGCGUGUUUCAUGAGUGAAGGUGAAAAAAGAACCGUGCUGUUAGGAAGUAAGCGGUAAACAUCCGCGACGACAUUUUGCUGACAUUAAAUAAUCACUUAUUAUAUCGUUAACCCGUAGAAGAAGAUUUGGACAUAUCGAAAACAAUGUUAGGAGGUUGUGCUAAAAGUACCAUUUAAGUUUUUUUUGACAUUACUGUAGUUGGAAGCAACAUAAAAAGUUUUUUAAAGUAGUUAAGUUUGUGCCUUGGCAAUAUACGAGAUAAAAAAAAAUUAACUUAUACUUCUCAAGAAUGCAUAUUACGAAAGUUAUCAAUUAAAGUGAACUAUUGGAACUGAAAAUAUUGCUUAUUUCAAACUAUUUAUUUAGGUUCAUCUAUCUACUCUUAAGCUGCAAAGUUAAUAUAUGAGAUCCAAUUGUAAAUCUUAAGCAUUGAGUACUAGAAAUAAAAAUAGCGUUACAUUUAGGA